UCCGGCAUCCAGUUUUUGCUUCGAGGCGAGGAGCUUGGUUUUGUGUACUUUCGUUUCGUGGUUUUUCGAAGUAAGAAGUAUACGUAAGACAUCAUGUAAUCGCUUGUCAAAGAUAGUUUUCACGAACUUCUGUGUACAUACCUCAUCUUUCGUACCUUCAAAUGAUGUAAAGUUGCCAAAAGAAGACGCGUUUCGACUUUUGUGACAGGCACCUAGUGACAUCUGGUGAUCCUGUCACGUCGAUAUCAAGAGGAUGGAUACUCACGUAACACGGAUGCAAUCUGGGGGAGCCCAAUCCAUGACCAUGGACCCUGUGGCCCAGAUAAACACCUACCGUUCUUUUGUCUUCAUGCUGGACGACCCUGGAGCAAAAGACGAAAGCAAACUGAAAGCUGUGCAGGAACUCAGUGAAGACCUCGAGACUAUCGUCACAUCGGUACACUACCCGACGUUUCUAGACCACGCAAUGCAUGUCUUCCUCAAGAUACUGCAGGAGGGGAAGCCGCAGUUCAUUGCCGAACACAACAUGCAGGUAGGUCAACUCCGCAAGCUUCUUCUGGAGAUCAUCCACCGCAUCCCAACCAACGAACACCUGCGUCCGUACGUCAAGCAGACCCUCAGCCUCAUGUUUGAGUUGCUCAAGGUGGAAAAUGAAGAAAACGUCCUGGUCUGCCUGCGAAUAAUCAUCGAAUUGCACAAACAGUUCCGACCACCGUUCAAUCCGGAGAUAAAGGACUUCCUCCAGUUUGUGAAAAACAUUUACAAGGAACUGCCGAGUCAUCUGAACAAGAUCUUCGAGCCGCGUCCCCAGAUUAAGGUGAAGGACUUGGCCGAGGUGAACCUGGAGGCACUGCUGCAGGAGACCUUCACCCUGACAAACAUCCAGGUGGAAAAGAAAGCAGCGGAUGGCACCUGUGCCUCUUACAACGUGGUGCCACGGGCGGUGCUGUCCCUCAAGGUCCUGGCAGAACUGCCCAUCAUUGUGGUCCUCAUGUACCAGCUCUACAAGCAGGGAGUGCAUCAGGAUGUGGCAGAGUUCAUUCCCCUCAUUCUCAGCACGAUUACUCUGCAACCCAGACCACAGGACAGACUGAAUCCAGCGUUCAACAAGGAAGUCUUCGUCGACUUCAUGGCUGCCCAGAUCAAGACCCUCUCCUUCUUGGCGUACAUCGUAAAGAUCUACCAGGAUGUAGUCAGUGCAAAUUCGAGCCAGUUAGCCAAAGGCCUGCUUGGCCUGCUUGUACUCUGCCCUCAAGAAGUGGCCCAUCUACGCAAGGAACUCCUCAUUGCAGCCCGACACAUCCUGGCCACAGAGCUCAGAAACAAGUUUGUGGGUUGUAUCGAGCAAUUGUUUGACGAGAACAUUCUUAUUGGGACCGGUUGGACUGCGUACGAGUCUCUUAGGCCCCUGGCCUACAGCACGUUGGCCGACCUGGUUCACCAUGUGCGGACACAGCUGGCUCUGCGCGAACUGUCUGCUGCCGUGGCUGUGUUCUCUCGCAAUGUGCAUGAUGAGUCCCUUCCAACUUCCAUCCAGACCAUGAGCUGCAAGUUGCUGCUGAAUCUUGUCGAGUGCAUACGCACACGCUCGGACCAGGAAGGGGCAAACGGACGAGAACUUCUCAUUCGCAUGCUGGAGGUGUUUGUGCUGAAGUUCAAUACAAUUGCCAAGCUCCAACUUCCCACGCUCAUGCAGAAAGGACGACAGCCAGCUCCCACGGGCGGGCAGCAAGCGGGACAGCAAGCUGGGCAGACCCAGCCAGGAGCGGCAACACUGGAGGCCCAGAAGGUGCCCCUAGACGAGGCAGGGCGGACUGCUGCCGCACUACAGUUUGCUUCCCCUCUUGCCGAUGCCAAAGAAGAAAAGGCGAACAGCUACACAGUGUCAGACUGCCGUAGCCUCGUGAAGACACUGGUGUGUGGCGUCAAGACAAUCACAUGGGGAAUAGGCACUUGCAGGGUUCCAGGAGGAUCCCUGGAAGAAAAACAGUUCCAGCCGCAGGAGACUCUGGUGUUCAUCCGCCUGGUGAAGUACGCGCUGCAAGCACUAGACAUCUACACGCUUCAGGUUCCAAAUGCGCCUGCAGGGGGCCAAGCACAGCAACUGCCUCGCAAUGCUGCCAUCCAGUCUGCGGUUCGUUCAAAAGAAGAAAAAGAAGUGCUUGAUCACUUUGGAGGCGUGUUCACCAUGAUGAGCCCCCUGACGUUUCGGGAAGUUUUCUCAACGACCAUCGAGUACGUGGUGGAGAGAUUGAACAAAAAUUCUGCCCUUCAAAUCGUGGCCAACUUCUUUCUGGCCAACAAAGCGACGUCGCCCAUCUUUGCUACCAUCCUGGUGGAAUACCUCCUCGAUCGAAUGGAGGAAAUGGGAUCCAAUCCAGAGAAGUCAAACCUCUACCUGAAGCUCUUCAAGUUGGUCUUUGGAUCUGUAUCUCUGUUUGCUGCAGAGAACGAGCUCAUGCUGAAGCCACACCUGCACAAGAUUGUGAACCGUUCCAUGUCUCUUGCACUGAGUGCCCGUGAGCCAUACAAUUACUUCCUGCUCUUGAGGGCCCUGUUCCGUUCCAUUGGUGGUGGCAGCCACGACCUGCUUUACCAAGAGUUUCUACCCCUGUUACCCACUCUCCUACAAGGACUCAAUGGACUUCAGAGUGGCCUGCACAAGCAGCACAUGAAGGACCUGUUUGUGGAACUGUGCCUGACCGUUCCCGUACGGCUCAGCUCCUUGUUGCCCUACCUGCCCAUGCUGAUGGACCCCCUCGUCUCGGCGCUCAACGGAUCCCAGACGCUCGUCAGCCAGGGUCUUCGCACACUGGAACUUUGUGUGGACAACCUUCAGCCGGACUUCUUGUACGAGCACAUCCAACCGGUGCGCGCCGAGUUGAUGCAAGCCCUCUGGCGGACCCUGCGAAAUCCGGCGGACCACGUUGCUCAAGUGGCUGGCGGCCCCAGUAGCCAGGCACAGGUGGCCUUCAGGGUAUUGGGCAAGUUUGGGGGCGGCAACCGCAAGAUGCUGAGGGAGCCGCAGAAGCUGGAGUAUAAUGACAAAGAUGCAGUAGGACCCUGCAUCACAGUCUACUUCCAAGACUACAAGAGCCCCAUCGCCCUGCCCGUCGAGAAGAUAAUUGAGACCGCUUUCAAUGCGCUGAAAGCGAGCGGGACGGACUCGUUCUACCGCCGUCAGUGCUGGGAGAUCACGAGGGGCUUCCUGGUCGGGCAGCUGGAACUGGAGGAUGACCGCCAGGGGCUCCUCCAGCUCUUCUCCCACCCCAGUUUUGGGAGCGGAGAAAUUGCGCCCACCCAGGGGAACCUGUACAAGUGCACCCAGGUGGAGACUCGCAAGGUGCACAAGAUGGCCCUCACGGGAAUGUUUGCUGCAGCUGCAAUCAAGGAACUGCACAACCAGGUGCUGCCUUUCUUGGUGUCGCUGGUGUCUCACUACACCCUGGUGGCCAUCAGCCAGCAGGCGGGACCCUUCCGUGGCAGUCAGACGGGUACGGGCAUGGACCCCACUGUGCUGGUGGAUGCCCUGGCUGCCAUCAUGGCCCAUGAGGAGAAGGAACUCUGCAAAGUUGGACAGCUGGCGCUCAUAUUGAUUGCGGAAAACGCUGCCACCGUGCUUACUUCACGGGAACGGGCCUGCCAGCUACCUUAUGUUGAGUACCUUGUGGAACAGAUGUGUGCCCUGUGUUAUGACCGUGCUUGGUAUGCAAAGUCUGGAGGGUGCUUUGCAAUCAAGUGCCUGAUGGAACGGAUGCCCCUGCGUUGGGUACUGUCCCAUCAGUACCUGUUCCUGAAAGCACUUCUCUUCAUCAUGAUGGACCUCACCGGCGAAGUGUCCAGCGGAGCUGUUGACAUGGCCAAAGCUAAUCUCGAAAAGAUGCUCACUCUGUGCGGGACGCCGGUAUCCGGUGACGGCACAGACGGGGACCUCGCCGAAGUCCAGCGCAAGUCGCUCAACGAGGUUGCGUUGGAACUCGUGCGCCAGGUGACCUCUCCUAACACCUGUGUGCGAGACCAGGCUAUGCACUCCCUGGAAGUGCUGGCCCAGGCAUCACAGCAGAGUGUCACCGCCCUGAUGGAGCCCCACAAGGAGGUGCUGGCAGACAUGGUGCCGCCAAAGAAGCACCUGCUGCGCCACCAGCCAGUCAAUGCUCAGAUUGGGCUCAUGGAAGGGAACACUUUCUGCACCACGCUGCAGCCACGCCUAUUUACGUUGGACCUGUCAAUCCCAGAGCACAAAACGUUCUUUUCGGAACUGGUGAACCUGUGCGAAGUGGAAGACGCGCAGCUGCUAAAGCUUCCCUGUUACAAGGGCUGCGGGUCACUGGUACCCCUGCGGAAGGCUGCCCUUCGGGCCCUUGCCGCGUGCCAUUACCUUCCCUGCAGGGAGAAAGUCUUUCACGUGCUCUACAGGGCCCUCAAUGCUAGAGACCCUGAACUGCAGGAAGCUGGCUUCAAGUGCAUGCAGCAGUUCGUCAAUGCGUGCAAGAUCGACAUGGAGAUUGUCCACAAGGCCAUAAGGUCGCUCCUCAUGCUUCUCGGAGACUUCCGACAGCUGUCGCUGAGUGUGAUACAGCGGUUGAGCUAUCUCACGCAACUGUUCCCGCACACAUUCAACGAGAAACUAUGCGACCAGCUCUUGCAGCACCUCGGUUGCUGGCUCGAAGUUGCCGUCACCGCGGCCACACCGCGGACCACUGCACCGCGUGGAUUGUCCACGGAGAUGCGUCAGUGUGCUGCCAUCGUCGAGAUCUUUCACCAGAUCCCUGCAGCCAGUGCACACUUCAUCAAGCCUCUGGUGACGCUGGUGCUGAAGCACGAGCAGACGCUCAUGAUGGAGGCAGGCAGCCCCUUCCACGAGCCCCUGGUGAAGUUCUUGCGCAGACACCCGGUGCAAGCGAUAGAGUUCCUCCUAGCCGAGGCAAACCUUUCGGAUCCACAGUCCAACAGAUUCCUCGAGCACAUCCUGAAAGGAGAUCAAGGCACCGUAUUCCGCGAGGUCCUCCACCAGAGCUGGCAGCGACUGAUGCCCCUGCUGGACGUGACUGGAGCGUCGUCGUCUUCGGAGAGCACCACGACUGUUCCGCUGAGGGGGGACCUACAGUACCUCUCCGUGAGAGUCAUAAGCAUUCUCGCAAAACACGACGACGAUUUCCUGCCCUGCCGGCCUCAGCUGGUCGCGCGGCUCCGUGCCGUGUGGGUGUCCGAAGCAUUUCAGGUGCGUCACCUGAGAGCGGACCCGUCGUCUGCGGAGUUUGCUCGGUGGAAGGAGCCCAAGUUGCUGUGCCGCUGCCUCCUGGGCGUGGUGCGCAAACGUCCCGCGGAGAUUGAGCUGCUGUUCCAGCUGCUGCGUGCCUUCACGGGACGUUUCCUGCCAGACUUCGGGUUCCUGCGCGAGGCCCUGGACGGGUGGGCUGCUCGAGGGCAGACGGUGGACUGGAAGAGGGCCUCUUUCUUUCGCUUUGUCGAAGCCUUCCACGACCCCGCGUUUCCGCAGCCGUUGCUCGCAAAGGUGCUACAGUAUGUGAUAGUGCCAGCCUUUGCGGCCUCAUUUGAGAAGGACGAAGGGGAGCAGCUCAUCGGGGGCCCUCCCCAGCCCGAACGGGACUCUGCGGACAAUGUUAUCAGCGUGUUCAUCAACCGGGUGAUCGACCCAGAAAACCCCUUCGGCACAUCAGACGCGGUGCGAAUCCUGCUGCUUCAGUUUGCCUGUCUUCUUGUGGAGAGGGCUUCCCCACACAUACAUGACGCCGCUAACAAGCGUCAGGGGAUCAAGCUGCGGCGGCUGAUGACGUUUGCGUGGCCGUGCCUGUUGGGUAAAAACUGUGUCGACCCGGCAACCAAGUACCAUGGACACUUGCUGCUUGCCCACAUCAUUGCCAAGUUUGCCAUCCACAAGCGCAUCGUACUGCAGGUGUUUCACAGCCUGUUGAAAGCCCACGCUGUGGAGGCUCGUGCAGUGGUGCGGCAGGCCCUCGAGAUCCUGACACCAGCCAUGCCUGCUCGCAUGGAGGACGGUAACUCUAUGCUCACCCAUUGGACCAAGAAGAUCAUAGUCGAAGAGGGACACACCCUUGCACAGCUUGUUCACAUGUUGCAGCUCUUACAUCGUCAUUAUAAGGUGUACUAUUCUGUCCGUCACCACCUGGUACAGCACAUGGUGAGCUCCGUUCAGCGAUUGGGCUUCACGCCCAAUGCCAACCUGGAACACAAAAAGCUGGCCGUCGACUUGGCCGAAGUGGUCAUACGCUGGGAGAUGCAGCGUCACCGUGAAGAAGGUCAAGGUGGCCCACCCUCUAGUCCAGAUCCGGCUGGAGCCUCACUGGGAGCACCCAAGCGCACUCUGGGUGCCAUUUCCGCCGCAGGGGGAACAAGCUCCGCAGGUGGGUCCAGCAUGGACUUGGGAAGCAUGGACCCCAAGAGGGUGCGGAACCUCUCGGGAGGUGCGUCAGGGGGCGCCACUGACACUGGACGUCCCAUUGAUAAGCAUCAUGCGGAUGCACUGGUCAACUUUCUACUGCGCAUGGCUUGUCAGGUAAACGAGACCUCAACCAAUAUUGGAUCUCAAGGCGAAGUGCUGUCGAGGAGAUGCGUAACGCUCCUGAAGACCGCGCUCAAGCCCGACGUCUGGCCCAACUCCGAGCUGAAACUGGCUUGGUUUGACAAGCUGCUCAUGACAGUGGAGGGCAACCAACCCAACUACGGUAACAUCUGCACCGCCCUGGAACUCCUCUCCUUCUUGCUGACCAUCCUGCGGCAGGAGACUGUCCUGGCGAGCUUCCGGCCGCUCCAGCGCGGGAUUGCCGCGUGCAUGACCUGCAACAACUCCAAGGUCAUACGUUCGGUGCACGUGUUGCUUUCCCGACUGAUGAGCAUUUUCCCGAGCGAGCCGACGACCUCGAACUUGGCCUCGAAGUACGAAGAGCUGGAGUGUUUGUACGCCUCGGUGAGCAAGGUCGUCUUUGAAGGACUGGCAAACUACGAAAAGUCCAACAGCGCCGCCCCGUCUUCACUCUUUGGCCCAUUGAUGAUCCUGAAGGCAGCCUGUAUGAGCAACCAGUGUUACGUAGAUCGUCUCAUCACCCCGUUCAUGCGGGUACUCCAAAAGAUGGCGCGGGAGCACCUCAGCCCCGCCAGCCAUGAGAGUACCUCGAUGGGUACGGAGCUCUUGAUCCUCAGCCUGGACCUGGUGAAGAACCGCGUUGGCGUGAUGGGACAGGAAAUGCGCAAGGCCUUCAUCGGCACCAUCCUCGUGGGACUCAUCGAGAAGUCUCCCGACGCCAAAGUCCUGAAGGCCAUCACGCGCAUGGUCGAGGAUUGGGUCAAGAGCAAAGGUCCCUUCGCCGUCAACCAGAGCCCCACCUUGAGGGAGAAGUCUAUACUCCUGGUGAAGAUGAUGCAGUUCGUGGAGAAGCGCUUCGCGGAUGACCUCGAGCUCAACGCCCAGUUUUUGGAGCUGGUGAACUACGUGUACAGGGACGAAGCUCUGAAAGGGACGGAGCUGACUUCGAAACUGGAGCCCGCUUUCAUGGCUGGGCUGCGCUGUGUGCAACCAAACAUACGCGCAAAGUUUUUUGAGGUUCUGGACGGCAGCGUCAGGCGACGCCUCCACGAGCGUCUCUUGUACAUUGUGUGCUCGCAGAACUGGGAGACGAUUGGCCCCCACUUCUGGAUCAAGCAGUGCCUGGAGCUGGUGCUGGCCUCCGCCGCGCCUCAGGCUCCUCUUCGUGCCGCCUCUCCCGGUGCGCUCCUGCCCUCUGCACUCGCACCUCUGCACCGAGCGGAUGCCCAAGAAAGGGCCGACUUUGCUCUCGCUGCUACGUUCAAGGAGGAGUCUAUGGAUGUUGACCCGCCGAGAGACGACGAAGAAAUCGACAUUGAACUUCCCUCUGGCGAAGACACACCGUCUGCCACGUCCACCGGGGUCCCGCGGGGUGGAUUCGGAGGUGGUACUCUGAGCAGCACGGGACUGGGGAACCUGGGCAGCGUCGGAGGCACAGGAACCGCACAGAGCCUGCAGCAGCUACUGAUGCGCCAAGCCCACUUCUUGGAGAAACUGCGCGAAGUGCGCACCGGGUCGUUCCUCAACGCUACGGCUCAGUUGUGCCACUUGGAUACGGCUCUGUCUCAGCACCUAUGGGUCCAGCUGUUCCCCAGGCUCUGGAAAAUACUCAGCGAAAAGAAACAGGCUGUACUGGGUGCAGAGCUCAUUCCCUUCCUGUGCAGCGGGAGUCACGUUAUCCAGAAGGACUGCCACCCGAAUGCAGUAGGUACUUUCAUGGAGGCCCUUUCGCAGUGCUCGCCCCCAGUACCAAUCAAACCAGCACUUGUCAAGUACCUGGGCAAGUCCCACAACGUGUGGCACCGCAGCUGUCUUCUCCUGGAGAGCGGGGCAUCCCUCUCCGGGGCGGGACCGGGUGGAAGGCGUGCCGCCGAGACUUCCGUGUCCGCAGCUAUCGCGGAUGGCCCCUCCACGUCUACCGGCUCUGGCAACCUGGGACCGCAUGACACGCUGGACUGCUUGGCGGAACUGUAUGCGCUGCUGCGUGAGGAAGACCUCUGGGGAGGUCUGUGGCAACGAAGGGCUCGCUACGCCGAAACUGCUGCUGCCGUGGCACUGGAGCAGCAAGGCUUUUUCGAGCAGGCGCAGUCUACCUAUGAGGCAGCUAUGGGGCGUGCCAAGCACGACCAUGCCGUAUCCCCGGCGUCUCCCCUUCUGCAAAGUGAGAUAAGGCUGUGGGAGGAGCACUGGCUCAGGUGUUCCAAGGAACUGAGCCAGUGGGAUCUCCUCUUGGACUACAGCAACUCCAAAGGUUGUGCCAACCCACACUUGGUGCUGGAGAGUGCGUGGCGUAUUCCGAACUGGACCCUCAUGAAGGAAGCUCUCUCUCAGGUGGAGCAGAGCUGUCCAAAGGAACAGGCAUGGAGGGUGAAUCUGUACAGAGGGUACUUGGCCAUCUGCCACCCAGACGAUCAUCACCUGUCCCUGGUCGACCGAGUGGUCGAAGUGAUCACGGGACAGUGCAUACGCGAGUGGCGACGUCUACCUCGCGUUGUUUCCCACGUCCACCUUCCCAUCUUGCAGGCAGCUCAGCAGAUAAUGGAGCUGCAGGAAGCAGCUCAGAUCCAUCAGGGUCUGUUGCCAGGUGGUGGGGGCCGAUCGGCGGCUUCUCUCUACGACAUGCGCGCCAUUGUCAAGACAUGGCGCAACCGUCUGCCUGUCCUCAGCGACGACCUGUCCCACUGGAGUGAUAUCUUCACAUGGAGGCAACAGCAUUACCAGGCAAUCGUCACGCACUACGACAGCAAUCCCGUGGGUGCCACUCCGCCGGACCCACAGGCGAAUCAGGCCAUGCUCGGAGUGCACGCGUCGGCCCAGUCCAUCAUCCACUACGGAAAGAUUGCGCGGAAGCACGGACUCACCAAUGUGUGCCUGGACUCGUUGAGCCGGAUUCAUACCAUUCCGAGCGUGCCCAUUGUGGACUGCUUCCAGAAAAUUCGUCAACAAGUCAAGUGUUACCUGCAGAUGUCCAAUGUCAUGGGCAAGAAUGAACUACAAGAGGGCUUGGACGUGAUAGAGUCGACCAACCUGAAGUACUUUGCCAAGGACAUGACGGCCGAGUUCUACGCACUCAAGGGUCUCUUCCUGGCCCAGAUGGGUCGCUCGGAAGAGGCCAACAAGGCACUGAGCGCAGCCGUGCAGCUGCACGACACCUUGGUGCGGGCGUGGGCCCUCUGGGGUGACUACUUGGAACAGUUGUUUGUGCGAGAUCGAUGGGACGCGCGCCAGCCGUCGCUGGCAGUCGGAGCGCUCACCUGCUUCCUGCACGCCUGUCGGCACCAAAACGAACCCAAGGCACGAAAGUACCUUGCCAAGGUAUUAUGGUUGCUCACGUACGACAACGAGAAAGGCACCCUGGCGGAAGCAGUGGACAAGUACAGCGCUGGUGUGCCACCGCAGCAGUGGCUCCCCUGGGUGCCUCAGUUGCUCACCUGCCUGGUGAGGGCUGAGGGCCGCCUGCUGCUCAACCUGCUGGUCCAAGUUGGCCGAGUCUUUCCGCAGGCUGUCUACUUUCCCAUCAGGACGCUCUACCUCACUCUCAAAAUAGAGCAGCGUGAAAGAUACAAGAGCUCCAACCCCGAAGCAUCUUCUGCCGAGGCAGCCAAGGGAUCUGCCUCGCAAACCCAGGCACAGCCUCAGGGUUCUGCAGAAAAUGCGGCGCAGCUGCAGGGAACUCCUCAGCAGACGGCUGCGCAGGGUACCGCAGGAGCCUCUGCUACUGCAGCAACAGGUGAAGGGGCGCAGGGUGGCCAGCAGCCUCCUGCGGGUGAUGCUGCAGGAGGGCCAAUCAGGGCCACGCCUUCCAUGUGGCGCUGCAGCAAGAUCAUGCACAUGCAGAGAGACCUCCACCCCACUGUGCUGUCAUCGCUGGAAGGAAUCGUUGAUCAGAUGGUGUGGUUCCGGGAAAACUGGUACGAAGAAGUCUUGAGGCAGCUGCGGCAAGGCCUGGCCAAGUGUUACGCCGUGGCGUUCGAAAACCGCGGCGCAGUCGCGGAGGCUACGGUCACUCCGCACACGCUGAACUUCCUCAAGAAGCUGGUGUCCACCUUCGGGGUGGGCAUCGAGAACGUAUCGGGUGUGGCCACCACCUUCUCCAGCGCGGCUUCAGAGUCUCUCGCUCGCCGUGCUCAGGCCACCGCUCAGGACCCAGUCUUCCAGAAGAUGAAGGGACAGUUCACUACGGAUUUUGACUUCAGCGUUCCUGGAGCAAUGAAGCUGCACAACUUGAUAAACAAACUGAAGAAGUGGAUCAAGAUUCUCGAAGCAAAAACGAAGCUCUUGCCAAAGUCACUGCUCAUCGAAGAGAAGUGCCGCUUCCUGAGCAACUUUUCGCAGCAGACGGCAGACGUUGCCCUUCCCGGGGAGUUUCUGCUCCCAAAGAACAAUCAUUACUACGUCCGAAUAGCGCGGUUCAUGCCUCGAGUUGAAAUAGUGCAGAAGCACAACACAGCUGCAAGGAGGCUCUACAUCAGGGGACAGAACGGAAAGAUCUACCCGUACCUCGUGGUGAAUGACGCCUGCCUGAGUGACGCUCGCCGCGAAGAACGCGUCCUGCAGUUGCUGCGGAUGCUGAACCACUACCUGGACAAGCAGAAGGAAACUGCACGCCGUUGCCUGCACUUUGCAGUGCCCCGCGUGGUGGCAGUCUCUCCGCAGAUGCGCCUCGUCGAAGACAAUCCUGCAUCCAUUUCCCUCCUGGACAUCUACAAGCAGCGGUGCCUCAAGCGUGGAGUCGAACCCGACGCUCCCUUGGGCCGGUACUACGAGCGUCUGGCUGCGGUGCAGGCGCGAGGCGCUCAGGCCAGCCACCAGGUGCUGCGGGACAUCCUGCGGGACGUGCAGGGGUCUGCGGUGCCUCGGACGCUCCUGCGCGACUGGGCGCAGAGCACGUUCCUGUGCCCUACGGACUACUGGACCUUCAGGAAGCAGUUGACGCUGCAGCUGUCCCUGGCUGGCCUUGCAGAGUUUGUAAUGCACCUGACUCGGCUGAAUCCUGACAUGAUGUACCUCCAUCAGGACUCUGGACUGAUGAACCUGUCUUACUUCAAGUUUGACGUGGACGAUGUCACAGGCGAACUGGAUGCCAAUCGUCCCGUGCCAUUCCGGCUGACUCCCAACCUGUCCGAAUUCAUCACACCCGUUGGCGUGGCGGGUCCCAUGACUGCUGCGAUGAUUGCUACGGCCCGCUGCCUGGCCCACCCCAACUUCAAGGUGCAGGCCCUCCUGAGGGCCGUUCUCAGGGACGAAAUGAUCGCCUGGCACAAGAAGAAACAGGAUGACACGACAGCUCCUGGCGGGGUGCCGCAUGACAUGGAUGGAGAGCUGCUGAUCAACAUGGUCUCCAAGGCUGUCAAUGCAAUUACAACGAGGCUACAAACACUGGCCACCUUUGAGGGCGCAGACAGCAAGGCCAGCACCCUGGUUGCUGCAGCCAACAGCCAUGACAACCUGUGCCGCAUGGACCCAGCCUGGCAGCCCUGGCUCUGAAUUUGAAUCAUUCACCCUUUUGUUCACCCUUUUCACAAAACAUUUGUACAGACAAUGAAUUUUGCUCCUUCUUUCCUCUCUUCUCUCAUGAGACCCAACUUCACCGAACAUUUCCCAUUGAAGUGCAAAGGGAUGUUUUUAUUCAUUUUGUAUUAUGGAUUGCAUGGAUCAGUCUUUCAUACAUCCAUCAACAUAAUUAAACCAUCGCCAUGUUGUUGUUUUUGGAAGCAGAAUGUAUUUUGCAGUUUGAUUGUAAAAAUAUUUUGGGUCACCUCAUUAAAUACUGGGUACUCAUUAA